GGUUAUGUUUAAAUAAUUUUAUUUCCGUUUCCUAGUACCCCAAUAAGACGGUAGCCUUGGUGGCCUCAGACAUCCUUCACCUCCUCAUCAGUUACGUGGAUCAUCUUCAGAAAUUCCCCCCUGACACUCCAAAGAAGAUUGUAGAGAUUCUGAUUGCCACUAUCACAUAUCUGCUGCCUAGCACCGAGUCCUCCUCUUACGAGCUGGAUAAGAGGCUAGUAGUUUCCCUUCUGUUGUGCUUGUUGGACUGGGUGAUGGCUCUGCCCCCAAAGACUCUUCUCCAGCCUGUACAAACACGAAGCCCUCCAGAAAAGGAGCAACCGACCAAAACGCUGCUCAGCUGUAUUUACAAGGUCCUGCAUGGGUGCGUUUAUGGAGCGCAGUCUUUCAGCAGUCCCAAGUACUUCCCACUGCAGCUGUCGGACCUGUCGAGUUCAGACUACGACCCGUUCCUGCCAUUGGAGAGCCUCCGCGAACCAGAACCUCUGCACAGCCCAGACUCGGAGCGCUCCAGCAAACUGCAGCCCGUCACUGAAGUUCGUAGCCGUAUCCAGCAAGGCCUGGUUUCCAUUGCAGCCAGAACCGUUAUAACCCAUCUGGUGAAUCAUCUGGGACAUUAUCCAAUGUCCGGAGGGCCCGCAACUCUGUCCAGUCAGGUGUGUGAAAACCAAGACAACCCGUUCUGUGGGAGUCCAGAUCUCGGACCAGAACUCUUCAAUUCGCCAAACCUUCAGUUUCUGGUUCUGAACGGCUCCACCCUGCUGUCUGUUCUCCAGGUAACGUCAUCCGAA